AUGUCGGGCGAAAAGCGAUCAGCGGCCGAGUCGUUCGGCAGCACACAACUGGUCAAGAGGCAGAGAUCUGAUGUUGACAUGAAUGGCGGUGCUCUCACGAAGACCAAUGGAGGCGCACUGAUACAAGCGGUGAGUCUUACCCAAGUUACUUCCAAGUAGCUGGCUCAAAGCUAAAGCGGUGGAUGAAGGGCACAAUGGCUAAUAAUGGGUGAGUAGGGUGGUGCUGCUGCAAGUCUACAGGCCUCCGUGAUGGAAUUGAGUGGUACGUAGAGAGCAUCCGGGACAAUGAGCUAGUAUCAGACGUGCUGAUGACUUGCUAGGCCACUCCGGAGAAGUCUUCACAGCUCGCUUCGAUCCUACCGGCGCACACAUCGCAUCUGGCAGCAUGGACAGAAACAUCCUUCUCUGGAACACCUCCGGAGACUGCGCGAAUUACGGCGUACUCACCGGGCACAAAAGUGCGAUAUUAGAUCUUCACUGGUCAAGAGACAGUCAGGUCAUCUACUCUGCAAGCGCGGACAAGCACAUUGCGAGUUGGAACGUAGAAACAGGCGAAAGAAUACGGAGGCAUGUGGGUCAUGAGGAGGUCAUCAACUGCAUAGACGUGAGCAAGCGAGGAGAGGAAUUUCUGGUGAGCGGGAGCGAUGACGGCUACAUUUGCGUUUGGGAUCCUCGACAAAAAGCUGCCAUCGAUGAGAUCGAGACAAAGUACCCCGUCACGGCUGUCUGUCUAGCUGAGGCAGGCAACGAGCUCUUCAGCGGAAGCAUCGACAACGAGAUCAAGGUUUGGGACCUUCGGAUGAAGAAGACUUCAUAUACCCUCACCGGCCACACCGACACGAUUACCUCACUCGCGAUCUCGCCUGAUCAACAGUCACUCCUCUCGAACUCACACGAUUCUACCGUCAGAACCUGGGAUAUCAGACCUUUUGCGCCAGCGGACCGCGCAAUCAAGACCUUUGAUGGAGCGCAAGUCGGGCUGGAGAAGAACCUCAUCCGGGCAUGCUGGGAUUCUCAGGGCAAGAGGAUUGCAGCUGGUGGAGGAGAUGGCACGGCGACGGUUUGGGAGACGAGUGGCAGAAUGCUUCACAAGCUCCCAGGACACAAGGGCACCGUCAACGAUGUGCGGAUAUCGCCAGAUGGCUCGAUGAUUCUCUCCGCCAGUACAGACCGGACAUUGCUGCUAGGAGAGCUACCAAGCAAAUAA